GGGCGGGCAGACCCGCAGCAGGAAAUGAAACCAAAAGGGAAUACCUGUUCCCUGUGCCGUGGCCCAGGGUUCCAGCUGGAGGAGCACCCUUCCCGCAGGCGGCCAUCUGCUGUGCUGGUCCAGUUCCGAGUGUUUGUCUCAUUCCUGCCACAUCGGUGACAGCAUUCUGACAGGCCGGCAAGGUGUGCGAUGUACCUAACGGAGGAGGACGCCGUGAGCCUGCUGUGCUCCCUCUCGGAGGCGAAGAAGAUGAAGGCGGCCGUCAAGUACCGGAAGCGACGAGCCAUGGGGUUCGCCAGCACCGGGGCCUUACUCGGGUCCCUGGUCGGGGGCCCGCCGGGACUGGCCGUUGGGAGCGUUCUCGGGGGGCUCGCAGGGGCCUUGGUGUGGAGCACGAAGUUUAAGCCGGUCAGUCAGAUCCUCAAGGAGCUGCCGCCUGCCGAGAAGAAGAAGCUCUGCAGCCACGUCGUGGCCAAAAUCGGGAGCCUGCAGUGGACGGACGUGGAGCACCUGACCAAGCUGGUCAUGGAAAGCGAGGCCCUGCAGGAGCAGCUGCUGAAGCUGCUGGAGAGCUACAUCACCAAGGAGCUGAGGACCACAGUGCAGUGCGGAGACUAGGCUCGGGGGGCACCUAACCUGGGGAGGCCUGCGGGA